GCUCUCAGCGCGUGAAGCUUUCUCGGUUUCUGCCGCCCCUUCCCUUUCAUACAUCAGCGACAAGAAGGUUCUACCGUAAAUCCAUCCUUCUGACGAGCCGUUUUGUUUGCGUUGGCCGCACCCCCGUGAUAAUCAUCAAUUCGCCAUAACGAGGUGCUUUGCAAGAUUCUUGUUGAAGGAAAACAUCCCCGGUCAUUCUUUUAGCAGGAGCUUGAGUGAUACACACUACAGAGAAGGGAAUUUGAGCGUGGAAGAAUGACGGGCAAGGCAAAGCCCAAAAAGCACACUGCAAAAGAACUGGCGGCAAAGGCGGACGCAGCGCUGACGAAUCGGGGGGGCGGUGUUGCUGGAAAGGUUGACAGGUUAGGGCUUGACAAAGGCGGCCACGCAAAGUACGCAUGCCAGAUCUGCAAAGCCACUGCGCCGGACACCAAAAGUAUGCAGAUCCAUUGGGAAGCCAAGCAUCCAAAGCUACCAUGGGACCCCGAAAAGAUCAUCGACCAACACGCUGCCAUAGACGCCGCCAACAAAGCGAAACCGGGUAUACGAGGAAGUAUCAAGAAGUAGGUCACGUGGCGUGCCAGACGGCGAGCCAAUCUGCAAAGCAAUGAAAUAGCGGUUGUGGUCUCGGAAGCGUUUGGGGAAUAGAGGGCUUUACAGGGAGUGCCCUAAGGGGAUUGACUUCCAGCGUUACUUCAAAGCUUGCGCAGGGUUCGUUUUUUAGCAUGUCCAAGUAGUGUGUCAAGGGAGAUUCGACCAAGUUCGAGUUUACGUGCGAGCUCAGAAUCUACGAACGUUCCUUGCACACGGGUUCUUAACAAGACUCAGUAUCUGGAAAUUGUCUUGGCUUAAAUCAGUGCCUACCCUCUUAGCUUUGGAUCACGGCGAAUCAAGACGAUUUGUAGAUACUUCAAAUUCCAGAUAUCAUGCCCUAAGCCAGCGAGAACGAGAAGUAUGUAGCUAGAGGAUAUCAAGGUAACAGUCUGUGUGCCAACGGUUGUUGUUGAUGAUUGAUGGUUUCGAUAAUCGAGUUGGAUAGUGACACAGCGGUCGGUCAUUGUCAAGGUGGGCGGCAACGGCUGGCGAGACGGUGGUACCCAUGGCGGCCACGGCGGUCAAGCUCGUAUCGUGCUUAAGCUGGCCAUCUAGUGAAAUGAAUUGGGUUCAAGUUACCGUAUAUCAUAUGGCCUGAAUUUGCCAAGACUUGGGGACAACUUGGGCUAUGCUAGUAUGGAAGCUAAGCUUUCUUUUCAGGAUCUCUAGCGCACUGCAUGGAUCGGAUGCGUCGAAGACUCACAUCGCACGGUUGCUUGGACAGAUUCAAUGCAGUGGCUCGUGCUUUUGAGUAGCUCUGUAAUAGCUAGGAAGAU